CUUCAAGGGAAGUCCACGUGACAUGUGGACACGGUUUGACGUCACACCCCCUUUGUGCGACUCAGCCUGGUUCCGUCCUGUCCGUCAUGGAAGCAAAGGAAAGGAGCAGGGGUGUCUUCAGCAGCGUCAAGGUUUUCGUGGCGUGUCACAGCGCGCUGCAGCUCUCGCAGCUCCUGGUGUCGGGCUACAUGAAGAGCUCCAUCUCCACCAUCGAGCGGCGCUACGGUCUCUCCAGUCAGAAGUCUGGGCUGCUGGCCGCCUUCAACGAGGUGGGCAACACGUUGCUGAUCGUCUUCGUCAGCUUCCUGGGGAGUCGCGUUCACCGCCCUCGCAUGAUUGGCUUGGGCGCCCUCUUGGCGUGUUUGGCCUCGCUGUUCAUGGCGUUGCCGCACUUCCUUGGCGAGCCGUACCGCGCCGGCGCCGGCCAGAGCUACCGUGAUGGCCUUACUCGGAACAGUUCCGACCUGUGUCACGUGGAGAGCCUCCUCGCCGCCACGCCAUCGUCCAACCGGAGCUGCGUGGAGCAGGAAGGCUCCGCCCACGAGGGCAUCUACCCUCUAUUGCUAUUUGCUCAGCUACUGCUGGGCGUGGCCUCGGCACCACUGCAGCCUUUUGGCAUCUCCUACAUCGAUGACCACGCUAGCAAGAAGAACUCGCCUCUCUACCUCGGCAUCCUGUUGGCCGUCACCGCCGUCGGCCCCGCCUUCGGCUUUCUGGGCGGAGCCUUCCUGCUGCGCUUCUACGUCGACUUUGACAAGAUGUCUGCAGUCGAUGUGGAGUUGGAUCGCAGCGACCUGCGCUGGGUGGGCGCCUGGUGGCUCGGCUUCCUGGUGGCAUCUUGUCUUCUUUUUGUGGUCGCCCUGCCGUACUUCUUCUUCCCUAGGAACAUGCGUCCCGAGGAUGAGUCGGAGGCAGAAGAAAAACGGCAGCCGGAUAUUUUCCAGGAACUCGGCCUUCUACACUUCCUCAAAAGCUUUCCCAGCAUGUUGUGUCGGACCUUGCGAAGUCCCGUCUACCUUCUGGUGAUCCUAGCGCAGGUCAACCUGGCCGCCAUGGUGGCCGGCCUCGCCACCUUCAUGGCCAAGUUCAUCGAAAAGCAAUUCAGCCAGCCGGCAGACUUCUCCAACGUGAUGAUCGGUGGCGUGAGCAUCCCUCUGGCCGUGUUGGGAACCAUGUUAGGCGGAGUCAUGAUGCGGCGCUGGACUCUCGGUGUCGGCGCCGCCAGCAAGCUCUGCGCUGCCGCCAUCUUGCUCAGCCUUUGCUGUGGCUUCCCUCUGAUCCUCAUGGGCUGCCCAACGCAGAAGGUCGAUGGGGUCUUUCCGCCUCGAAGUACCGCAACAGCGGGUUGCAGCUCGACAUGUCAGUGCGUCCCGGAAUCGUUCCAUCCCGUGUGCGGGUCCGACGGUGUUGAGUUCACGUCUCCGUGUCUUGCUGGCUGCGUCGCCAUGGAAACAGACAGCACCAACAAAGUCAUGAACUUCACCGAGUGUCGCUGCGUGGGCGGGGCCAGCGGCUGGGCCACGCCCGGGACGUGCGGCAGCGGGUGCGGCCAUCUCCUGUUGCCUUUCGUGGGCCUGAUGGCCGCCACCUGUUUCAUGGCGUCCUUGUCCCAGACGCCGUCUUUCGUCAUCAUCCUGAGGACGGUAUCAGCGCGUGACAAGUCUUUGGCAGUGGGCAUCCAGUACAUGCUCUUCAGGGUUCUGGCCUUCAUGCCCUGCCCGGUCCUGUAUGGCUCCGUCAUCGACUCCACGUGCGUCCUGUGGGACAGGAAGUGCGGGAAACAGACUUCCUGUAUCUACUACGACUUGGACCGCUUCAGACACAGGUUUUUGGGCGUCCAGGGGGUGUUCAUGUGCGGAGGCCUUCUGUGCUUCUUCUUUACGGCGCUGGUCCUGCACAGGAAGAGGGCGGAUCUCGCGAGCCCCGAGGAAUCCGAUCGGAAGAUCUAUGAGCUGGUGAACGAGCAUGACAAGGAACAGCAAGUCAAGCCGGGACACGCCUGAGGAAGGUCCAAAAGACACGUUCCACACGCAGUUCCACAGACGUCCACCAGAGACAUUCGGUCAACCGGGCUAUUUCCCGGCACGCUUCAAGCUAGGCAGCUCCCGCGCUGCCAUUUUGUGUCAGGCGGCCCUUCUGCAAGCAGCCGCCAUGUACUUAAAAGUCCGGCAAGUAUUUGUGUGAGUGCGUGUGCAUAUUUGUGGCUGUUAGUGGAUUUGUGUGUUUGCUUCGGUGCUUUUUUAUUUUUUUAAUCAACGUACAUUUGUUAGUGUGUCCAUGAUUUCAACAUCAAACUUACUUUCUUUUAGUUUUUCCUUUUUUCUUUCUUUCUUUUGUGUUGUUCCUGAGUUGCUGAAUCAGAUAAAAGAGAGUAAGUGUUUUCUUAAAUAUAUUUUCCAACACUGGCCCAACCCGAGGAAUGUGACGAUAAAAUCAAAACCACAUGGUGCGCACACACACACACGCACACACAUUCCUCAGAGGAGAGCAGUAGAUAAUGUGUAUAUGAUCUGAUCCACAUGUGGAGAGUUCACCAUUUAUAAGUUGUUUUCACUCAAAUAUUUUGUAUCUUGUCCUACGGUAGCGCUAGAGGUCAAAGUUGAUGAGUAAAAAAAAAAAAAAAAAAAUCAAGGGUGGUUUUUUUUUUUUU